GAAAAUAUAUAAUCUGAAUUAUGAUUAUUCUGUUUUCCAAUUAUGCAGUACGAUUUUCCUGUCAGCUAAUGCGUUCUGCUGAAGUUGUUACGUGGUGCUCUGUCAAAGCAUAAUCAGGUCGUUUUCCACAAGCAGACUGGGCUGCCACUGAUGAUAUUUCCUUCUCCCUUGAGAAGAACUUCUCUAUUCACUCUUGCAGCAUCUUGCUUUGUUUGCAAACUGGAAUAAUCCAAACCAUGCUGUAGCUUGGCAGAUCACUUUCAAUUCAAAUUCAGGCUAUCAUUCCCUGUGGAGUACAAUAAGGACUGUAAUAUAGUGGGAGAUUUGAAAAUUGUAUUCAAUGGGAGAUAAUGAAAAAGUCUUGAGCUAUGGUGAUGUUAUAUUAAGGAAAUCUGAUUUGAAGAUUCUUCGAGGUCCAUACCAUCUUAAUGAUCGCAUUAUUGAAUUCUACUUCUGUUACCUUUCUAAUUCAAUAUCUCCUACAAUCAACUUUGUUGCACCUUCAGUAUCGUUUUGGAUUCUUAAUGUUCCUGAUGUUGAUUCUAUCAAACUAUUUGUUGAUCCAUUAAAGCUUCCAGAGAAGGAGCUGGUUCUUUUCCCUAUCAAUGACAAUGAAAAUUUCAGCCUGGCAGAAGGUGGAACACAUUGGAGCUUGCUUGUAUAUGACAGAAAGAAGAAUGUCUUUGAGCACUAUGACAGUUCAUCAAUAAACAAAUCAUAUGCAAGAAAAUUAUUCACAAAUAUUAAAGAUUUUAUGGGUCCUUCCUCAGCUUCUGCCACAUUUAUUGAACAUUUCACACCUCGGCAAAGAAAUGGCCAUGAUUGUGGUCUUUAUGUCCUUGCUAUAGCAAAAGAGAUAUGCUCAUACAGAGGAGACACUUUGGGUGAAGACUGGGAAUCUGUGCUAAAAGCACGUGUAACCCCAACUGCAGUGAGUGAGAUGAGAAAUCAAAUCCUAGAGAUUAUCAAUGAUCUGUCCAACCAGAAGGGGAAUUCUGUUUCUUCUUAAGUUCUUAUUGUUCUUGAUUAUGAGGUGAGAUGGACUGGUUACUACUUUUUCUUUGUAACGAGCUAUCAUUUUAAGAAACUGAUUAACUGGCUCGCAUUGACUGCAUCCUCGUGUAUACCUACCUAGACAACUAAUGAGAGGGAAGAGAGGGAUAUAUGUUUGGUGAUGGUUUAUUACUUAGGGUUUCAUACCAUGAUAGGAAUUGGGAAAAUAUUUUAAUAGAAGUAAUGUUUGUAUUACAACUUUCCAUAUGCAGUUUUUGUCAAGUUACUUUUCUGGGGCUAACAUAAAUAGCUUUGAACAGGCUUCAAUGUUAUAACAAGUGUUGCUUUGACUGAAAAUCUAAAAACAUGUUUUUAGAAUACACUAUUGAGUAAAUAUUUAGUCUACUUUUGCAGCAAGUUCAAGGGCAAAAAGGCUAAAAGCUUUUGGCAAAUCUCAAAAUGGCAGUUGAAUUUGUAAUGCCUAACAAACCAUGCUCAAGUGUAUUGCUAAACUUGACUGUGUACUGUAGUGUUUGACAUUGAUGGUUCAUGGAAAGAGGGAAGGUGGGAAAGGGAGCAUUAUAGUUGCAGGAAUCAUGAGAAAUUGCUGCUUGCCAAAGAAAAUAUUUUUUUGAACGAAAAAAAAAGAAUUUUCCAUUAAUUGGGUUAAUGAUUUUUUAUUCAAAA